AUGCCGUCCUUUUACCCCCGCCAACUCCCUCCCACCCCGCCCGAGUUCAUCCCUUCUAGCUGCCAGCGCAUGCAGUAUCCUCAAGAUUCAUACCGCUCCUGUGACUCCCGCCAGGAUGCUGCCUACGACUACUCAAGAGGAUACCAGCAGCAGCCUGCUUUCCAGCGCAACGCGAUCCUUCCUCCCAUCAACAACUACUAUGAUUCGGCCAGCGCCCCCAUCCUGCCUCCUCUGAGAAUGCAGGAGCGUCUGGCCAUCGAGGAUGACUAUCGCCUUCGCUUGCAGCAGGAACAACGCAGUCAAGCCGCGCAACAACAGCAGCAACAACAGCAGCAGCAGCAGCAGUUACAGCAAUCGACACAGAAGGAAGACAAGGCAACAGGUGGAGUAUCGGCCAAGCUCGACUACGAAAUGGAACGCAUGACGAACUUUGUGGCGGAAUCGGCGUCGGGAAUCAUCCAGCCUAGUGUCCCCAUCCAGCCCUCUUUCCGCAAAUGGGUCUCGCAAGUCCUGUCGGCCACCAGACUGCCCUCGACCACCUCUUCGUCCGAGAACCACAUAUACCGUCUGCUCGCAGUCGCCCUGAUUCUGGGCAGUAAGUUCCUCGACGACAACACCUUCAUCAACCGUUCGUGGUCCGACGUCACGGGCAUCAGAGUGUCCGAGUUGAACAACCUUGAGAUGGAAUGGCUCGCCCUCAUUUCCUUCGAUCUGCACUGUGACCCUACUGACCCUACUGGUUUGGCUAACUGGCUGCGUGCUUGGAAUGACUACGACGCUCAAGCCGUCAGCCGUUCGCGCACCACCCGUCUGUCUCCGCUGAACACCAACGUCCAGCGUCAAUCGCCUCGCGCUUCGCGUUCUCCUUUCCAGCCACAGUACAAGGGCAGCUUCGCCGACUUCACUCCCCAGUCAUCGAGGCCCUCUUCUACCUACUCAGGCACACCUUAUACUUCGGCUGAUCCCUGGAACCGCACCGAGCCUUCCAUAUCGUCGGUCGAGGCUUUCUACAACUCUCAGCACCGUUACCCGACGUUGGACGAGCUCGACAAUUCCAACAGCCUUGCCGCCCUAGAGCAGGCUCGAAGAUCUACUGCCUACGGUGGUUGUGCCUUGCCUCUACCACCCGCAUUGACUUCGUCUUACUAUUCUCCUUGGAACCAGUCCACUUGGGGAGGCUCCCACCCUCCUGGCUGCAACUGCAUGGCAUGUGCCCGCCAGUACAUGCCUUUCAUGGGUGCUUCGGGAUACCCAGCCCAAACUGUUGUGGGUUAG